CAAUGGAUUCCCAGCAACUCGUCGACACGGCUUCGCAGAAUAGUCAAGACAUCGUUUUACCAAAACCAGCCAGCAGUACACCGCGACAUAGCAUCGACGCGAUCCUCGGAUUGGCCAGCCAUAAAAGAACUCAUCAGGAAAUGGAGGACACUAGUCGCGACACGCAGGAAAAUACCGGUGAGAACAGCUGCAACUCCACCGGCGGCGGUAGCGACGAGGAACUCGGCGCGGGCUGCGGGGAGGACAUAAACGGUAACGGGGGCAAGAAGAAACACCGUCGCAACCGGACUACCUUCACGACCUACCAAUUGCACGAGCUCGAGAGAGCGUUCGAGAAGUCUCACUACCCGGACGUCUACUCCAGGGAGGAGCUCGCCAUGAAAGUGAACCUCCCGGAAGUUCGUGUUCAGGUCUGGUUCCAGAACAGGCGAGCCAAGUGGCGUAGACAAGAGAAAAUGGAGGCUGCGAGACUAGGUUUGAGCGAAUACCAUCACGCUGCUAAUAUGAGGAACGUUGCCGGUCCAGCUCUAGGUCUGCCAGGGGAUCCUUGGCUCGCGCCGCCAGGAUUGCUCAGCGCACUUCCCGGUUUCCUCGCUGCACCUCAUACGGGGUAUCCCAGUUAUCUGACGUCUCCCAGGCGAUUACCAUCACCGCCAAAUGUCGGUGCUGUGCCCAACCCCGUUCCAGGCUCGCUAGCCAGCAGUAUGGCGAGCAUAAGUGCCGGCGGCCACGUGCAACCACCACCGCCGAGUCCGCCGGGACAUGAUCCGCGUACCUCGAGCAUCCAAGCGCUCAGGAUGCGAGCCAAGGAACACGUCGAGAGCAUCACGAAAGGUUUGCAGAUGGUCUGAAGGUUAACUGAAGAUACGCCAAGGGCGCGCACCGCUGCCAGCCGUACCGGCCUCGUGCUUGUGAUGGCGUGACGAGUAAGCGAACAAUCUUUCGCCCAAAGACAUUCUAAAUCAGGCGAAAGUCAUCUGAGCAGUGCGAGCGGUAUAUCGAACGACGAGAGCGAGUUCGUUCCAUG